AUGAUCAAGCACAAAGGAAAGGCAGCGGGUCGCCGUAUCUUGGCUCAUUUCAAUGGCUCUACGGGAAGGGACGUUUUACCCCAGUACGAUGACUCUGUCGACCGAUAUCCUACCGUUCGCUAUCUGGCAGAGGGCGGGAGCGGCAAAGUCCAUCUUUGCGAAGAUAGGAAGCAGGGCACACUCGUGGCGGUCAAGUCUAUCCAGUACGAUGACACGAGCAUGCCGCAUGAGGCGCAAAUCAUCCAGCAGCUGGGGCGCCAUGCAAACAUUGUGAAAUGCUACGACGUCGCCGAUCAUCCUGCGGAGGAAUUCUAUAAACGGAUUGUCUUUGAGUAUUGCCCGCUAGGUGAUCUCGCGGACUACAUCGAACAAUGCGACGGAGACGUACCCGAGUUAUUCAUAUGGCAUGCGUUCAACCAGAUCACACAGGGCCUCCAGCAUAUCCAUGCGACCGGCAUUGUACAUGGCGAUCUCAAACUCGCCAAUGUAUUGCUUGCUUCACCUCCUCGCGGCGCGCUGUUUCCCACACUCAAAAUUGCCGAUUUUGGAGCUUCACUGGUCAAACCCCCUGCGCAGAUUCCCCGAACACAUCGAGGAACAUGGGCGUACGCAUCCCCUGAGGCCGAAUUCUUGUUCGGCCCUGAGACCGAUGUUUGGGCUCUCGGCUGCAUCAUCCACUACCUCGCCAACAAACGCUUGCCUUUCCACAGCAUCGAGAUGAACGACCUAGAUUCCGUCGAGGCUUGGUUCGACAAAACCGGCAGGGCCAUUCCCCCAGGAACACCAUUUCGGAGGGACUAUAAACACUUCUGCUACUGGCUAGCCGAGCACCCGGUCGUGAUUACACGCGUGGAUAAGUCUUCGAAGUGCUCCACGAUGACGCGCACGAAGCUACUGAACUACUUCAUGCAUCGCGUCCUCGAUACGGACUGGAAGACCCGCAUCACGACAAAUGAGCUACAACGCUUUAUGACUGUUCUGGAACCUUUCGUGUUCAACGUCAAGGCGGCCGGUUACCAUUCGGUACUGGAAAGCUUCGAGGAAGGCCUUGAUGUAGGGGUGAAUGAAGGUGCUACCUCGCGCAUCAUGGAUUCGUACGUGGUUAUGCAGAUGUUCUGCGCGCUUGCGAUUCUGGUUAGCAAGUGGAAGGAUCCACAUCUGCUCGGGUUCGGGAAAGAUCUGUUGACGGUUAUGAAUACCGAGCACCAUGCGCAGGCUUGUCGAUGUCUGUGCGAUGUGAAGCUGGAUUUGCCGUGGCGGAGUCAACACGCCGAUCCUUAG